AUGGUUCAACUCGGCUCCCAUGCGUGGACGGUUCGCAGCCUUGUCUUGCUCGCUACAUUGUUCCAUCUGGUAUCCAGCUCAAUCAUUGCCACGUUCACGGACGACAAAUGCAAGAAUGCAUUUCAAAGCUUCACUGUUGAAAACGGUUACCCCAAUGGCACCUGUUCUAGAUUGGCCGACAAUGGCAAAUACGGGAGUUUCCAGGUUAUCGGUCUCGAUCCAGGCUGUAGUGCGACGAUCUAUGGAGCCGAUGCUGAGGAGUUUGUGCCUUGUUCUUCAACCGCUCUCCAAUUCGCCCAGAUAGCAUCCUGUUACAAUGCUUCAUGGGUUUACUACAGCGUCGACAUGUGCACUCCGCCCAACCCGACUAUUAAUCCCUUGCGCCCAACGCAAUCUUCUAAUGAGGUAAACAAUUCUAAAAAGAAUAAUACGGGCGCCAUAGUUGGUGGUGUCGUUGGCGGCGUAGGCGGUCUUGCUCUCAUCGGCCUCGCCUUCUUCCUAGUCUAUCGUCGUCGUCGCAACAAGAAACACGUUCUUGCGCAGCCACCUGCCGUGCCGUCGCCGCCGCCCGAAGCUGCCGGAAACAAUAUCAACGAGUUACCACAUGACGGAGUAAAGCCAGAGAUUUAUACAUCAGAAGCUAAGCCGCAUGAGAUUGGGAGAAAUAGUCUGUAUAUUCCACCCGAGCAGCCGCCUGCAGAGCUCGAAGGGAGCGCAGCUGUUCGGGAUGAGAAACACGGUAUCUAG